UGAGUUUUGUUCCUUCUCUCUUUCCGGCCCGGUUAUGGCAGCUGUAUGCAGGAAGCAGAGGGCCUUGAUUUGGUGUGAAUGAGCGUAACUUAUAUGGUCGGCUGUAUGGUUUAGAAACGGUUAUUGAUUUUCAUCAGACUUUCUUUGCCUCGAGUAACAUCUCUCUGUUCAGGAAAGAUGGCUACGACGGCGCAAUUAUUUGAGGAGCCAUUUGAUGCGGAUGAGUACAUAGAGCGACUUGCUUGGAGAACUCCAGGGGGUGGAUCUAAAAGAGGAGCAGAAGCGUUUGACCCUAAAAAGCUGCUAGAAGAAUUUGUUAACCACAUAGAGGAACUGAAACAAUUGGAUGAGCGGAUCCAGAGGAAAGUUGAGAAGCUUGAACAGCAGUGCCAUCGGGAAGCCAAAGAGUUUGCACACAAAGUCCAGGAGCUUCAGAGGAGUAACCAGGUUGCCUUUCAGCACUUCCAAGAGCUGGAUGAUCACAUCAGCUACGUGGCCACUAAGGUGUGUCACCUGGGAGACCAAUUGGAGGGAGUGAACACUCCGAGGCAGAGGGCUGUGGAGGCCCAGAGGCUUAUGACCUACUUUAAUGAAUUCCUGGAUGGAGAUUUGCGUAGUGAUGUUUUUACCAACCCUGAGAAGAUAAAGGAAGCAGCUGACAUCAUACAGAAGUUGCACCUGAUUGCUCAGGAGUUGCCGUUUGACAGAUUUGCUGAUGUGAAAGCAAAAAUAGCAAGUAAAUACCAUGACUUGGAGCGGCAGCUGAUUCAGGAGUUCACAGCAGCUCAGCGCAGAGGGGAAAUCGGCCGCAUGAGAGAAGUGGCUGCAGUCCUGCUACAUUUCAAGGGCUAUGCCCAUUGUAUAGAUGUCUACAUCAAACAGUGCCAAGAGGCUGCAUACAUGCAGAGUGAUGUGUUUGAGGACACUGCUCUUCUCUGUCAGAAGGUCAAUAAACAGGUGGGCGAGGUCUUCUCUAGCCCAGAAAUGGUCAUGGCCAAACUCAUCCAAAACAUCUUUGAGAACAAGUUACAGACCCAUGUAAAAGAAAGACUUGAGACUCGUUCCACUGAAUUGGAGCAAUACCUCAUAAACCUCUAUGACCUCUACACCAGGACAACAGCUUUGGCUGCUAAACUAACAGAGUUUAACCUGGGUUCAGACAAACACACCUUUCUAUCCAAACUGAUUAAAAGCAUCUUCGCGACCUACCUGGAUAGUUACAUAGACAUGGAGCGUCAAUAUCUGCAGUCUCGUAGUGCUUCAAUUCUGCAACGAUACUACGACUCGAAGAAUCAUCAAAAGCGUACAGUAGGAACAGGAAGUAUCCAGGAGCUGAAAGAGCGGAUCAGGCAGCGCACUAACCUGCCUUUGGGUCCCAGUAUUGACACACAUGGAGAAACCUUGCUCUCACAAGAGGUUGUGGUCAGUCUGCUGCAAGAGACACGGCAUGCCUUCCAGAGAUGCAACAAGUUGUCUGACCCAGCUGAUCUCCCUAAAAAUGCCUACUCUAUCUUCCUGCUGCUUGUAGAGCACCUUUGUGUGGACCAUAUUGACUAUGCCUUGGAGAUUGGCCUUUCAGCUAUUCCGUCUGCAGAUGCCAAAAAUGCAAACCUUUAUUUUUUGGAUGUGGUGCAGCAGGCUAACACUAUUUUUCACCUCUAUGAUAAGCAGUUUAAUGACCAUCUCAUGCCACUUAUUAGCUCCUCUCCAAAGCUAACAGAAUGUUUGCAAAAGAAAAAGGAGGUGAUUGAUCAGAUGGAAGUGAAACUAGACACAGGCAUUGACCGAACACUGAAUUGCAUGAUCGGCCAGAUGAAACAUAUACUGACCACCGAGCAAAAGAAAACCGACUUCAGGCCAGAAGAUGAGGACAAUGCAAUGAGUGCACUACAGUACACUUCAGCAUGCUCUAAGGUAUGUGCCUACGUGAGUAAGCAGGUGGAGCGCGUACGGAGGUCUAUGGAUGGGAAAAAUGUGGAUACAGUGCUGGCUGAGUUGGGCGUGCGUUUUCACAGGCUCAUCCAUGAGCACCUGCAGCAGUUCAGCUACACGUCAAUGGGUGGCAUGCUGGCCAUCUGUGACGUGGCAGAGUACCGCCGCUGCACCAAAGACUUCCGGGUUCCUCUGGUCCUGCAGCUCUUUGACACAUUACACGCUCUCUGUAACCUCCUGGUUGUUGUUCCUGACAAUCUGAAGCAGGUUUGCUCAGGAGAGCAGCUCACGAAUUUGGACAGGAACCUCCUGCAUGCCUUUGUGCAGCUCAGGGCGGACUAUCGCUCAGCUAGACUGGGCCGCCAUUUUAGCUAAUGACUGGGUAAGACUGCACCCCAUGUACACAGCUGUCCAAUCGGAAAAGCACUCAAUUCAGUUUGAGUGAAUGGCUUUUGGACUUUUUUUUUUCCAACCUUUUAAUUAUAAUUACACAACAACUCAUGGAUAGGAGUAUGUCUGUCCUAGUGUAUACUGAGAAAAGAAUAUUUAUGCAUCUGACCCUUUGUAUUUUUAAGUUUUAUUUGUGCUGUCUCUUCUCUGUGCUUUCUUUUUUUUAACCAGUAAACUACAUUUAUGAAUGUAUGGCAUUUCAUUGAUAUGAAAUGUAUUCUUCUCUUUUUGCUUUUGCGUCACUGUUAUAAUGCACACAACACUGAUCUGUAAAAUGAAAAGCAUUAAGAGAUUUGUUGGUUUUCUGUUUUUGAAGCUGAGGCUUUUGGAUUUGAAUAUGGUUCACAUCUGGAAACAACAUUAAAUAGUUAAUAGUACCAAAUAUGUGGCUCUGCUGGCACUGGAGGCACUUCAGCAGGUUGCAUCAUGCGCUUACUAAUGAACUACAGCUAAUCAGUCCCCCACUCCAACAUAAGGGUGCGUGUUUGUCUGAUGUAAAAUUCUGUACAACAUUACAGAAGUUAAACAAAUCAGGACACUUCAUGUGAGGGCUAAGCAACAAAAAAUUGCCCAGGUUGAUGUUUGUUUGUUUGUUUUUCCCUCUUUCUUUAGGAUCCUGUUAGUGGGGGUUAAUGGGGUAGAACUGUAAGAUUUUGAAAUGCCAAAUAUCUCCAUUUCGCAGUAUACAACAUGGAAGUUUAGCAAGCAAGUCAUCUUUGUGUGCUAAAGCAUUUCUGACAUACACCUAGUGGAAUUUAGCAUUGUAAUCUUCCACAGUGUCAUUCUCCAAAUCUAAUGCUCAUAAGACAUUGUCUUGCAUGCCAGUGCAGAAAUAUUAAGUCUAAAUAAACGGCUGUUAACCACCAGCUUGCACAGAACUGUAACAAACAACAUUUUUGAUAGAAACAUUAAAAUGGCAGUACAAAUUACUGUACUUACAUACAAUCUUUAAUCUUUUUUGUAUAAUUCACUAAAGUUUAGAAUUAAAUGGUUAAAAGUGGGACUCGAGGGCACUGAAUGUGGAAGUUUCUCUCUCUCUAUUAGCUGAAUCUGAUUAAAGAAGUCAAGCGUCUGCCAUCUGCAGGUUGGUAAUAAGCUCCAGUGCUCAGCAAACUGAAAUCAAACCAGAGUGGUGACCCUUUGUGGAGAAAAAAGGUGUCCGAUGACUCUCUCUGUUACUUUUUUAUUAAUUUUUUCCUCACUGUUGAUCUCCUCUAUUUACAAAUGCACUCAUACUGAGAUUGAAACUGCUCAAUAUGAUUUAAUGAAUCUACAAAAUAAAACAUGUCACAAUGUCAA